GGGUCACGUUUGUCGUCAGCUUGAGUAGAGGAUCCAUUCAUUUUCCUGGCAUAGCUGUAGUGAUUUAGUUGUGACGCUUUAAACAUGCUUAGAACUGUGUGCCGAGCCGGUGGUGCCCUUCUCAAGCACUCGCGGCAGACAGUCCCGGCGUUGUGGGGGACUCCUGCCCAGCAGCGAUGGGCGUCCAGUCUCCCCAUGAACACGGUGGUUCUGUUCGUACCGCAGCAGGAAGCCUGGGUGGUGGAGCGUAUGGGCCGGUUCCACAGGAUCCUGGAGCCGGGGUUGAACUUCCUCAUUCCGAUACUGGACAGAAUCCGAUACGUACAGAGCCUAAAGGAGAUAGUGAUCGAUGUCCCCGAGCAGUCAGCUGUAUCCCUCGACAAUGUGACGUUACAGAUCGAUGGAGUUCUGUAUCUGAGGAUACUUGACCCCUUUAAGGCCAGUUACGGAGUCGAAGAUCCGGAAUACGCCGUCACUCAGCUGGCUCAGACCACCAUGCGGUCGGAGUUGGGAAAACUGACGCUCGAUAAAGUUUUUAGGGAGAGAGAGUCCCUCAACGCCAACAUCGUUCACUCCAUCAACCAGGCCUCAGAUGAGUGGGGGAUUCGCUGUUUGCGAUACGAAAUUAAAGACAUUCACGUCCCGCCGCGAGUAAAGGAAUCUAUGCAGAUGCAGGUGGAGGCGGAGAGAAGAAAGAGGGCCACCGUUUUGGAGUCCGAGGGGACGAGGGAAGCAGCCAUAAACGUAGCCGAGGGUCGAAAACAGGCUCAGAUUCUCGCCUCUGAGGGACAGAAGGCAGAGCAGAUCAACAAAGCUGCCGGUGAAGCAAACGCUGUGUUAGCCAAAGCAGAGGCUAAGGCUAAAGCUAUCAAGCUUCUGUCAGAGGCUCUCACUGCACAGAACGGCAAUGCUGCAGCAUCCCUGUCUGUGGCUGAGCAGUAUGUUGCUGCUUUCUCUAACCUGGCUAAGGAGUCCAACACAGUCCUCCUGCCCUCAAACACGGGUGACAUCACCAGCAUGGUUACACAGGCUAUGUCCAUCUAUGGCAGUUUAUCCAAGCAGCCAGUGAGGCAGGUGGAGAUAGAGCCAGCCGAGAGUUCAGAGACUGUGCUGGAGGAGAAAGCUCCGUCUGAAGCCAUGUCAGCCCAGACCACCCUAUCCUCAUAGACCACACAACCCACAGGACACGGGCCACACUAAGACACUGACACUGAACCACAACCCGAACCGUUGCCACGGAGAUGGACUUGACCAUACUCACUGCUGUAUGGUCAACAGCAGGACACGAAAGGAAAAAAAAAACAAAACAAAAAAAACUGGAAGAAUUCUUCACCCUGCAUGAAAGACAGGAAGACUUUUCAGCUAAAGACUAUUGAUUUAAAGUAUGAGGAAAGGUGUGAUGUCAGUUGUAACAGAGACCAUCCAAGAGACUGAACAGGGACUGAAAUUUUCUUUGCUCAUAAAAUUUUUCAUUUGAGGGGCACAGGUUCUUUCUUUCUUUCUUUCUUUUUUUUUUUUUUGUAUAUGGGUCAUAGUGUCAGGAAAGAGAAGCUUGUGUGGAGGACGUACUUAUUGCUUAUGUAUUGUUAUGAACCCUUCAUCCAUUGUGAAGUAAUUCUGAAGUCAAUACAAAGGCCAAGGUUAAUCAAGGUCAGAAGACUUUCUUUAUGAGAAUACAUGGAUUUUUGGGGGGUUCCAGUUGUUGAAUUUACACAGUGAGUGUAAAAUUUCCAGUCCAGUGCAUUUACAGAUUGUUUUAAAACGUUACCACCUAUGGUAAUUCAAAGCUAAACAACACCUGAGUACUUAAAUUGUAUCCUCAUUACUGGAUUUUUGUAUGUGAGAAAUUCUGUUGUAUGGAGAUAUUCAAACUCUGUUCAAAUCCCUCCUAGACUGGUUGUGAAAGACAUUCAUAGAUGUAUGACAUAAAUGAAUACAAACAGAAAUAGAUUGACGUGAGUAAAACAGAUCCUCUGUUUUUCUUAUUGAAACUUUUCCCUUACUUUCAUGUGGUUUGUUUUAGAUUAAAGCGCAAACCGAGUUAUUAUUAUUUUUGUAAUGUGGGUCCUCCGUUCAAUGAAGGUGUGGCAAACAGGGCACUUGUACGGAUCGCUGAAUGAAAGUUAAAAUAUACUGUGAACAAUAUCGACUUGAUCGUGUAGCAGUUAUAUUUUAAUCUUAGUUGACGCGCCGCUUUAAGAAGUCAACCAAUGGGAGAGAAGCAUGAGUAACGUGGUGAAUUAUGGGCAAUGGGGUUUGAGGAUGCAUCAGUUACACUGACUGAAAGGUUGUGAACACCA